AUGAACCAACUAAUAAUAAAUGAUAAGUCUGCUUUUUCUCCACCCCUUUGUUUCUGCUUCUUCUCUUCUUCCCCGGUAGACAUCCAACAGGGCUACGAGUACACUUUCGCGGCACAUCUGAGACAGGGCUGUACUUAUUACUCCGCUGGAGAGGGAGAGGACCUCGACUACGACAAUAACAUCAACUCGGUUAAACUUUCCAUUGAUGGGGUGUUUGACUCGGAAGCAAAACCAGUCAGUUGGGAUAACCAGUACCAUGAAUACUCCAACACCUUCCAGUAUACUGGCCCAAGUAUUGACUCGACUGACCUUUGCGUUUCUGUCGUUAUCAACCAGGGCGAGAGGUACGAAUUCCUUGUUGAUAGCGUUUCUCUUACGAUCACCUCCUAUACUACGGUUACUUCUUUGGCUACCGCCGCAACAACUGCCUUUGUGGAGACGACCUCUACUGCCGUCGCAGAGAGCACCACGACGACAGAAGAGUCCGCCUGUGUCGAAACCCAAGUCGUCGUCAACCCCGGCUUCGACGACAGCGCCAGCAGAAAAUCACCUUGGUCCGGCGCCGGUAACGCCGUGGCUCAAGCCGACUUGUCCCUUGUGUUGGCAUGCUCUGGAGAGUAUGACCAGCUUACCAUCAAGGUUGAUGACAUCACUUUCACGAAGCUUUGCGGUCCUCAGGCUAGUUAA